AUGGCUACCGGCUCGUCAGGCGAGAUCCGUAGAGGAUUCGCCAAGUUCAGCGGUGACCCAGGCGACUACGUCGGCUGGCGAACCCUGCAGACCUCCUUGUUUAUGGAGGACAAGCUGCACAAGGCAUACGCGCCUAUCGGGUCUUCCUACAACGGAGACGGUCGUGGAGUCUUCCUCGCCCUGGAUCGAAAGUACCAGGCCGCUGGGGUAUACCGUACGCAGGAGCUGCACGAGAAGUUCAUAUCUUUGGCAGUUACUGCGGACCACGACUUUGACCCGGCCAAUGUUAUUCAAGACAUGCGCCGGAUCUGCACGGAGCUCGCCGUGUAUAACGACACUGUGGCUGACCACCGAAAGACGUUCGCUUUCCUAAAAGCGCUGCCGGACGACCACUACAAAGAGUUCAAGACAGGACUGCUAUGCGGCCAAGCUGCUGGGAGCGUCUUGUCUUUCGAGGAGGUCGCCGACCGAGCCACUUCGUUCCACGCGAUGCACAUUCGUGUAACGACCAGAACCAUGGCGGCGCAACUUCUGGCAACAGAGCUGGAGGUCAACACGACCGCGGAAGCCACGACACAGGCGUUUGCCUACCUAACCUCGCAUCACAUGCCAGCUACUUUGUAGCCACAGCUAAAGGAAUGGCUGUACAGUAACUGCAGUGACAGUGCCGUUGCCUCAACAUAUGUCUUUAUUGUAAGCAUCGACCGCGCUAACCCGCUGACCAAUGAAAAGCGUCAGUCUCAGUGCGGUAGAAAACACGAAACACUUAUAUCUAAAUGCCAUUAAUUAAGUGGGACUCCGUGAGAGGGCCGCAUGAGGGAGGCUUAGCUAUUCUCCGGAUGAAAGACAGAAACGUUAGCAAGAGAAGAAACUGCACGCGUCUACCAAUGCUGCAAUCUUGCACUCGAGUGCUUUUGGGGGUGUUUUCGCCGUCAUCCUCCUUGCUUUCACCACCAUCGUUCUCAUCAUCAACUUGACAACAGCAGUUCUUCUCUGGCCCUGCGUCGUUUGUUGUGGGGAAGGUAAUCUGGCUCGAAGCUCUUGCUCUCUUCCACGCCAUGAUUAUCUCCUCGAUGGUUGUCUUGGUCUCCGUUUCGUCCUCCCGUUUCCUCUCCUCCUCCUUCAUCGCUGCCAAACGAAUUCCCCUCAUUGUCAUCCUGGAAAUACAUGGGUCCCACGUGUGUCAGGAAUUUUGACACGAGCACGAAAUUUUGACACGAGACCAGUAUUUUGACACGAGAGGUUACGCCGCACUUUUUCAUGUCAGAAUCACAGGUCAGAAUUUUUCGAAAACGUGGUGAAAAUAUUUUCACCGGAGGUAUUUUGACACGAGGCAACCGCAAAUUGACACGAGUGCCAUCGCACACACACGAAGGCAUCAACUCAGUCGGCAAGCUCGCAUGUAGCUUCCCGCACACCCACACAUAUGAACACAACGCUCCCGGGAGUACAUCGCGUUAGGGGAACGUCAAGCCACGGUUAGGNCCCGCACACCCACACACGUGAACACAACGCUCCCGGGAGUACAUCGCGUUAGGGGAACGUCAAGCCGCGGUUAGGAUCGUGUGCGUUCAUCGCGGGAUCGAGGACAAAACACGCCGAGGUUGUCUGAACUCUGGACUCGAAGCACACGGACGGGUGAUAACCACAACAGCAGCUAGUAGUCGGGUGCCCCGCCCGUGAAGGGAGAAGUUACAGCAGUUGUUGGUGGAAGAGACGGUAGCUCUGGGCGCACGUACUAGGGGCGCGAAGCCGCUGGCGGCGGUUGGGAUUUGGGGAGUGUAGUUCGCGGAGUGUAGACUAGUUCUCGGUAGUCGAGAGGAAACAUGUCUCCUCCAGCUUUGCUACGCCAAACAUGGCCAUCACGAGGAACAUGUCCUCCUCUCCAGCUAGCGCGCACAACACAGCAAGCAGUAGAACCUGCAUGCACUCAUCAUACCGCUCGUAUAGGAUUCUACCUCGCGCAAGGCGCGCCAUCCCCUCGCUCCGUGUCGGGUGCGGUGAUGAGGGAGCGCGACCGUUGGGUUUCCCGGCGGUGCAGCGGUGCAGCUGGGGUUAAAUAUUUUUAAACACUGCGCCGCUGCUGGCCUUCGCCAGGUAAGGUGCGGCGGAAUAUUUUUUCGUGUCAAUUUACCAACCGUUACCUUUUUUCGUGUCAAUUUACCGUCACUUUUUUUGGUGUCAAUCUAUCUCAGUUCAAAAUUUUCGUGUCAAUUUAACGUGG